UUUCCUCCUCCUGCUCCUCCCUCCCCUCUCGCUGGAUCGCCACAACAUUCUCACUCCCUCCCUCCCUCUGGAUCCUCUCCUCGUCCCCCCACACUACACCGCUCUUUACUCAACUGCUCCACUCCCCACCGCCGCGCCCAACCACCCCCCACCGCCCCCGGCCCCACGCCGACGCCGCGCUGCUCACCCGGCAGCAGCAGCAACAGCGGCGGAAGCGGCCGGAGCAUGGCGCGCUGAUCCCUUCCCUGCUGCUCGAGCGGAGUAGCUUGGAACAUGGGGCGGCAUUGGGCCGGCGUCCUGCUCCUCGCCCUGCACUGCGGGGUGGCGGCGCUGCUCCCCCCCUGCUCCGCGGCAUCGGCCCUGCCCCCUCCCAUCGGCGGCGACGCGUUGGCGCUGCUGGCCUUCAAGCGGGCGGUGAUCGAGGACCCGCACUCGGCGCUGGCCGACUGGACGGACGCCGACGGGGACACCUGCGACUGGCGCGGCGUCGUCUGCUCCUCGCCGCACGGCUCCGUCGUCUCCCUGAGGCUGUCGAACGCGUCGCUCAAGGGGUUCAUCGCGCCGGAGCUCGGGCAGCUCAUCUUCUUGCAAGAGCUGUAUUUGGAUCACAACCUGCUUUUCGGCACUAUCCCGAAGCAGCUAGGAUCGCUGAGGAACCUCAGGGUCUUGGAUUUGGGCGCUAACCGGCUUGCUGGCCCUAUACCUCCUGAGCUGAGUGGACUGAACAGCGUGAGCGUAAUAAACUUACAUUCCAACGGGCUAACCGGGAACAUACCACCGCAGCUGGGCAAGCUACCAAAUCUUGUUCAGCUUAGGUUGGACAGGAACAGGCUGAAAGGGUCAAUUCCAGGUGGCAAUGCUAGUGGUUUUUCUCCUAUGGCAGAUACCGGGUCCACACCUCACAGUGGACUAUGCCCGUCUCCUCGAUUAAGCGUUGCAGAUUUCUCCUUCAACUUCCUUGUUGGAAAAAUCCCAAUUUGUUUGAAGUAUCUUCCAAGGUCUAGUUUUCAGGGGAACUGCCUCCAGGAUGACUACUCUAUCCGACAACGUGCUCAUCAAAUUUGUGCAAGCGCGUCUACAGCUGCUAAUUUAAAGGGAUUCAAACGCCCUGCUUCUGAGCAUAAGCAUAAUAAAGUGCAGCAACCGACUUGGCUUAUUGUUUUGGAAAUUGCAACCGGUGCUCUCCUGCUUGUUUUCGUGAUCACUGCUGCAAUUACUGCCUCCAGAAGCUGCAAUCUAAAGCCUUCUAUAAGAAUAUCAUCAUGGAGUAGAUCAAAAAGUUGGAGCGACGAGAUAACAGUACUCAUUGAUUCUGAUAUGCUGAAAAGUUUGCCAAAGCUGAGUCGCCAGGAACUUGAAGUAGCAUGUGAGGAUUUUAGCAACAUUAUUGGCUCAACUCCGGAGACUGUAGUCUACAAAGGAACAAUGAAGGAUGGGCCUGAAGUUUCUGUCAUAUCAUUAUGCGCCUUUGAAGGUCAUUGGACUAGUCAGCAUGAACUCUUUUACCAAAACAAGGUUAUUGAUCUGGCAAGGCUGAAUCAUGAGAACAUAGCAAAGUUUCUGGGCUAUUGCAGAGAGAGUGACCCUUUCUCCAGGAUGUUAGUCUUUGAGUAUGCAUCAAAUGGGACGCUGUACGAGCACCUACACUAUGGGGAAGCGGCCCAAUUCUCUUGGCUCAGACGAAUGAAAAUAGCCAUCGGCAUCGCCCAAGGUUUAAGGUAUCUGCACACCGAGUCGCAGCCUCCGUUUGCUAUAUCAGAGCUGAACUCCAAUUCAGUUUACGUUACCGAAGAUUUUACUCCCAAGCUGGUCGACUUUGAGUGCUGGAAAAUGCUGUUUUCGAGGCACGAGAAGGCGAUCAGUCAC